UAGGAGUACACAUCAGAAUGCACUCUUGAUGUCUAGCAAGAUAAAGAACGUAUUCAAGAAUAUAACAAAUUUUUUUUUUUAGUGCCGUAUUUGUCAUCGCAAUAACACGAAGCACAAUUUGUCAAUUCAACGUAAUUGACACAUGACGGAAAACGAAACAUGAUAAAAUAAUUGAGAAAGAUGUGGGGCAAUUACAGGGGUAUUUAUAAUGUACUGUGUGUCUUAAUUUCUGCUGUUUAUGGACACGAUUUUCGACAUUUCGACGAUACGGUUAUAUUCAAAAUAAAUUGGCCCGGAAAAAGUGAUACUGAAUUAUUAAAACCUCACUCGAAUGCAGAACCAUAUUUUAUAACUACAGCUAAUAAGGAACAGUACAAGUGCUUAAUCCCAGAUGCACCAGAACAAGAACAUGAAUAUAGUGAAUCGUAUAAUGGACCAAAUCCGAUACAACUUUUGCAAUCAGUAUUUGCUCAAACCGGUUGCUCCUACAGGCUCGAGUCAUAUUGGACUUACGAAUUAUGCCAUGGUAGAUAUGUACGGCAAUAUCAUGAAGAUAGGGAAGGAAAAAAAAUUAAGUUGCAGGAAUAUUAUCUUGGCACUUUAGACAAGGCACAAAAAUUGAAACUCUCUGCUUAUUAUGAUGAACAAGCAAAGAACCCUAACAGAAAAUUAAAUAUACCAAUUAAAAAGAUUGACGGUAUUAACAUGCCAUAUGUUGAAGUUGAGAUGAUUGAUGGUACAAUAUGUGAUUUGAAUAAUAAGCCAAGAACCAUCAAGGUGUUAUAUGUCUGCUAUAAACAUGGUAAACAUGAUGUGUAUUCGCUCAAGGAAACAAUGACCUGUGAAUAUGAAGCAAUAGUACUCUCACCAGCACUAUGCAGUCAUCCAGAUUAUAAACCGCAAGACACUGGGGAAAAUGAAAUUACAUGCCAACCUGUUGGUAAUGCACCAAAGAAACCAAAAUCGCUUAUGUUGAUGGAACUAGAAAGUAUAAAAACUCGCCAUCAACAAACAAGGGAUGACAAGCAGCAGAAAGUAUAUGCAAUCAUCCAUGUAGAUAAGGAGGGCCAGGAUGGCGAGCCAAGAGUAAGGGUUGAGAUACAUCCGCUGGAUGUUACGGAUAAGCAUGGCAAUGUCGACGAAUCUAUCGUUGCAAUAACUGAUCAAAAUAUUAGUCCUGCUGAAGUCAGUCCUGUUCAUAGUUUCCUCAAUGGAAAGAAUUGCUUGCAUGGGGGUAAUGGCUGGUGGAAAUAUGAAUUUUGUUAUGGUCGUUCAGUCGUGCAAUAUCAUAUAGAAAGAGAUGGUACAAAAACGAUUGUCAAUCUCGGUAGAUUUGAUAGACAAAAACAUUUGGAAUGGAUCGCCGCGCAUCCACAGAAAAAACCCAAACCGCUAGAGUUAAGAAAACAUCUUUCACAUUUUUAUAGUGAUGGAAGUAGCUGCGAUAAGACUGGAACUUCUAGGCAAACUGAAGUAAAAUUGAAAUGCGUGGAGAACCAUACCACAAGCCCAUCUAGUGUAUCGUUAUAUUUAUUAGAACCAAAAACAUGUGAAUAUGUUCUAGGAGUUGAAUCACCAUUGAUCUGUGAUAUCUUAGAAUAUGCCGAUGAAAAUGGACUUUUAAAUGAAAAGUUUCAAGCGAAUUUCGAUAAAUUGAAAUCUACAGCCUUGCAUUUUGAAGAUUUAGACGAGCGAAUAGCUAACGAAGAUGAUUAGAGCAAUUGAUUUAUUUCUUCGAUAUCGAAUUAAAUCAUCAAAAUGAUUGUUAAGUAUAAAAAUUUGCAUUAUUAUUUAUUGAGUAUAAACAUUUUAUUAUAUAAAAUAUUAAUAUACGAGUGAAAUCGAAAUUAAUUAGAUUACAUAUUUACGUUUGGUGUGAUGUUAAAAAGAUUCACAUUCCAAACUAUCUAACAAUAUAAAUAUUUAGUAAUUGUCUCGUAUAAUUGUUUUUCUAUCAUGUACAAUAAAUGCAUAUCAAAAAGGUUAA